GUGCGUAUGGGCAGCAAUUUCAUUAAGUUAAUGGUGGGAUUUUUCAUCUAACUCGAAUGUAGUUUUCAACAUGUCAGCAUACUUGUAUUCCCAAUUACUUUUUUUUUAAAUUUCUUUCAUUCUAGUCUUCCACCAGGUCCCAAGGCUAAAAAAUGUUCUGUUAAACAUUUCUGGGUCAAAGGUUGUCUUAAAUGUCUAAAUGGCUCUUUAAUCAUCAAAUGUUACAUAAUUUACACUCUCUCUGAAAUGCCAGCUGAUCCAGAGUAUGUAAUCCAGUUUAUCAUGCCAUCAGCACCAGCAUAAAUGUGAUGUAAUGUGAAGUUGACUAAAGAGCUAAUGAUUAAGCCAUAAAAUGAACAGAUCUUGAAAUUGGAGACAAAGUGCAAGUUAUGACAUGUGGUGCAACAGCUGUCCUUGGCGCUGUUUGGGUUUUUUUAAAAAUUUUUAAAUGACAAAUUUAAGAUGGCAAGUGUUCAAAGAGGUCUAAAGAAUUUCUGUGCUAAGCAGAUCACGGUCAUCUUUAUAAUAUUAUCCAUCUUUUGAAGUGGAAAAAUCGUGGCUAUAUUAGGCCCUAUUUCCAGGCUCAUCCAACAUCUUGAAUUAACUAGUGAAAUGUUUUAAUAUUGGUGACUUUAAAUUUUUUAUUUCCUUUUUUUUUUUUUAAAAAGGAGGGGCAUUUAUAUCACUGAGGUUAAGUUAGCAUAGUAACAUUUUGACAGACGCUGAGGAAUGGGGGGGUCUUCAUACGUCACUCAAAACUGAAAGCGGGAUUGCUGAGCCGAUGAUGCAAUAACUUCUCGUCAGGAUAAAACCUCAACUUGCGUUACUUCUGAGCAGGGCGACGGAGGAGGAAAUGGACUGGUUCCACUGUAAUCAGUGCUUCACAAGGAGAGGGUCGAAGUUUGCUGUGUCCAGCUGUGGCCACAUCUGCUGUGAAGCAUGCAUUAAGUCUAAGCAGUGCAGCGUAUGUGGGGCCAGCUGCAGUUAUUUGCCCAUCACAGAUGAGAUGAAGCCACAGGAAAAGGUGUUUUUCAAGGACCCUGUGAAGCUCAUCCAAUCACGGCUGGAGCACAUAUCACAGAUUGCGCUUUUUCAGCGGACACAGAUGGAGAGAGUCACAGCGCACUUCAAGCAUAAGUCUGCUGAACUGGAAAGGCAUCUGAAGGAAGUCACUGAGCAGGGUUACAGGCAACUCUCCGAGCUGAAAAGAGAGAAUGCUGACUUAAAAAAGCAGCUUUCAGAGCUGAAAAGAGAGACUGCUGAAUUGAAAAAGCCACUUUCUCAGAGGAGGGUUUCUCCAGGACAGUUUCAAAUAGAUGGUACUCAAAGGAUGUCACUCCCUGUGGCUGUUACCUCCCCAGUUACCCCUCGUUCAAGAACUGUGAGUCACUUAGGCUCAGCAGAGUCGCAGGGGUGGCCCAGAGCCAGAGAUCCCAGUCUAUCCUCCCUCACAACUCCUGGAUCAGCUACUUCUAUUUCUAGCCAUAGUUCUCUUCAUGAACGUGUACACAGAACACCCACAUCCUUUAGCACCCUUACAAGAUCGAGGCGAGGCGGAGCCGAGGACCAGGAAGCCCAGAAGGCCCAACUGACUCCCCCACAGUGACGGCGGGGUGGGUGUGCCAGUCUGGGAGAGCAGGCCAUGGAUUGGAGGGAGGAGGCGCCUGUAUAAUAAAUCCGUGGCAGUAGGCUGAACAUUUUCACGUCAACCCCCCCCUCCUGAAACCAGGCCCACAAACAUCUGAUAUGAUUUCAAACGAGAAUCAUCAUCCUGUUAAAUUUAAAUAGUAGAACAGUAAGUAACAGGAGUUUAAGAAUUUCUAAUUUACUCACAGGAAACCCCCUUGUAGCCUCCCUCAAGACCCCUGGAGGUCCUUGGACCAAAGUUAGAGAGCUUCUGAGUGAUCAACCAAGGGCUGUAGCUACCACUGAGGACACUGUUUUCUGGAAAUGUGGGCCUUUUAACAACAUGGGAGAAGUUACAUAAUACAUUAAAAAAAUUAACACAUCAUGUUUUUUUAUAGACAGAUUUGACUAGUUUUAGACUCAGAAUAUUUAAAUAUAACAUUUGGGCCAACAAAUAACUAAAUAAAGAAGACUAUAUUUCCCAAUGCUAACUUUUUGCUGGUAGUAUAGUGGCUUUGAAACAGCAUUUAAACCUUCAAGUUGAGUAUUAAAACUUAACUUUUAACAUUUAAGUGAAUAAAUAAAAUAUGAAAAAUCCAAAUAAUUGACCUCAUUAUUUCUAAAAUGGCUAUGGCUGUGAAUCAAUUCCCAAAAUAUCAUAAAAAAUUAAGACCCAGAGGGGUUUAGACCUACUGGUAUAACCAAGUUCUAACAAGAAAUAGUUUAUAGCCUGUUUGA